GUCACGGACAACACCCCCGUCCAGCCCACUGACGUAAACGUGGGCAUCUCUUCAGGUCACCCUACCGCUCGGCCAGUGACAGCUCCGCAAAGCCGGUGGAGAGAUAGAUGAACGGUAGUACACUGGGAUCGUAAAACCAUCACUCUAUUAUUUGUCUUUGAUACAAACGUUAUGGUGGCUGUUUGAAAAAGGAAAAGAUGGCACAGAGAGACACGCUGCUACAUCUGUUCGCUGGGGGAUGUAGUGGUACGGUGGGAGCCAUCGUGACCUGCCCCCUGGAAGUGUUGAAAACACGGUUGCAGUCUUCUGGCCUCACCCUCCGACCGGUCUUCCAGGUCCAGCUGGGCACCCUAAGCGGCACUGGGGUUAUCCGACCGGGGACUGUUACACCGGGUCUCCUGCAGGUCCUACGAUCAAUUCUAGAAAAAGAGGGACCAAGAUCACUCUUCCGUGGCCUGGGGCCGAACCUUGUUGGCGUGGCCCCAUCAAGAGCCAUUUAUUUUGCUGCAUACUCGAAAUCUAAAGAGACAUUCAAUGGGCUGUUCGUCCCUAAUAGUGGAGUGGUGCACAUGUCCUCUGCGGGGGUUGCAGCUUUCGUUACUAACUCUCUGAUGAACCCCAUCUGGAUGGUCAAGACCAGGAUGCAGCUGGAGAAAAAAGCCAAAGGAGAGAAGAAGAUGAAUGCACUGCAGUGUGCUCGCUAUGUUUACAAAAUGGAAGGGAUUCGGGGCUUCUACCGAGGCCUGACUGCAUCUUAUGCCGGCAUCUCGGAGACCAUGAUCUGCUUCCUCAUCUACGAGACACUGAAGAAACACCUCGCCAAGAGCCAAUUCACCUCCCCAAAUAGCGAAAAGGAGAAAGGAGCGUCAGACUUCCUGAGGCUGAUGAUGGCAGCUGCUUUUUCAAAGGGUUGUGCGUCCUGCAUAGCCUACCCACACGAGGUCAUUAGGACAAGGCUGCGUGAGGAAGGCAGCAAGUACAAGUAUUUCUUCCAGACGGGGAGGUUAGUAGCAGUGGAGGAAGGCUAUGCAGCUUUUUAUAGAGGACUCAUUCCACAGCUAAUUAGACAAAUCCCUAACACAGCUAUCGUCCUCUCCACAUAUGAACUCAUUGUCCAUCUGCUGGGGGACUCCAAGUGAAGAAAUGCUUGAAAGUUAGGAUUUUCCUGACAAACAAUGGAUGCCACAUUAAAAACCCAAGACACACUGGGCAAAAGACUUUUGAAAAGGCAACACAUACAUUUUUUUUUUUAAUGUGGUGCUACAGAGACUUUUAUGGUGGAACUGAAGCAGGUUGUACUAUUAUCCAAAGAGCUAAAAGCGUUAUUUUAUUGAAAGCUUGUCGUUAGGAGUUUAUCAAAAUAACUCGAGACAUCGUGGUACUUAUUAAAACUCCAAAACCUGUGAAAAAAGGUCAUUUUCUUAGAGGACUAGUGUUAAGUUAACUAAAUUAUUUUAUGUUUUGUUAUUUUAUGACAGUGUUUGUUUUCUGUUAUCAAUGGUAAAAGCACCAACACACAUGACUGUGCAGGUUGAUUCAUUUAGUUAAUGAUGGUAAGUAAUUCAGAUUAAGUGCUAGUAAUAGUGCUGUUCCUUGCAAUGUAAUGACCUCACAGAUCAUUUUGAGAUUUCUGUUUCACAAAUACAAUGUGCUGGUUUUUGAAGUUUGAAUUACCAGAGAAAUGCAUAUAUAUAUAUAUAUAUAUAUAUAUAUAUAUAUAUAUAUUUUACAGGUUUAUCUGUAUGUUUUCUUUGAUAUUCACCUUUUAAUAAUGAGAACAAUGAGAACUUGGAUGCUUAUUUGACCAGUGGCUCAAUAAAAUGCAACAAGAAACUACAUCAGUUGGUGGUUGACCCUAAUCCUGACGCAAUGAUUCUGUUAAUACAAAAAUCUACAUUCACUGUAUUGCAAGCACCAGGCUAGAGCAGGGUUGUUGCACUGUAAAGGUGGCUCAGUAACCGACAAAUUGGAAUAUGUGAGGGACUAGUUGGCUGAUUCUGUUCUUAAAUCCAAAUAUUCUGACAAAUUCAUUUAAUUAGGACUUUGUGCUUGGUGAUGACAUUUGGGUGAGGAAAAAUGUCUUCAGUCAGAGCUUUUUAUUAAGUUCAUUCCACUUUAGGAACUAUUCUAAAUUUCUCCAGGUAUAAGCGUCAGCAUAAUGCCUAAACUGUACAGUGAAGCCUCUCCUUUGGUCUCUACUUGAAACAUACGCUAGUCAGUUUAUGCUAUGACUGAACAUCAAGAUGUGUUUUCUAAUUGUUUUCGUCCAUGUACUGUAAGUAUGACUUCUUUUCAGUGAUGCCUACUUCACCUACAGUCACACGAAUCUGGAAACGAGUCUUGUACAUUUCAGUCUCCGCAUAUCAUGCCUAUAAAAAGUAUUCACCCCCUUGGA